AUGACUAUGAACAAUCCCAUGGUGUCACUGUUGACUGACAACGAGCUCAAUCGAGCUAACUUUAUCAAAUGGAGAGAGAACAUUAAUAUUGCUCUCAUUGGUGAAAAUUCCCUGUUUGUGCUGACUGAAGAGGCUCUUGAGCAGCCAGAAAUCAUGAACCAGUUAACUGAACUGUUUGGGAUGGCGUCAAUUCAAGCUUGCUUUGAGGCAACCAAGAAUUUCAUCAAUGCACGGAUGAAACCUCAUCAGAGCGUGCGUGAUCACCUACUCAAGAUGACUAGUUACUUCCAAGAGGCUGAGAAUCAUGGAGCUGUUAUAGAUCAGACAACUCAAACAUUUGGAAAUUGGAUUGGAGGACCACAGAAAGGAGGAACUAAAGCUCCUAGUUCUAGCACUACUAAUGGUACAGCCAAGGUUGAGGCAAACAUUGCCUCUACUUCAAUGUAA